AUGUUGCACAAAUUGGAAUUGAGAAAAGAAGCUACAGGGUAAAUAAAUUGACGAGCCUUGAGCUUUCACUGAUGAUCGUAGCUGGCCUUCACUUGAAGGCGCCUCUCCAUCCGUCGCAACCUAUCACCAACGAUUCCACGACGUAGUGCGUUAACCCGAGCUGCAUCGUUGACUGAAUUCGCAGUGGUUGUUGGAUGUUACGAAGGCCUUCUCUGGAUUGAAGCGUGAUCGCAUGUUACCGUGUCGUCUGAAUGAUGUAUCGUGGUUGACAGCAGAAAGUGAGCUGGCCAAGCACAUGGUAGGGGUUACACCUGAUAUCCUGGGGUACCCCGCGUUUGCAUAUUGGACCCAUGCUCCUGCAAGUGGUCUGGUGGUCUUCAUCCAACGGUUCGAAGAUGAAUUUGGAUGUGAUCCUACGAUGCAUGCCGCAAUGCUUACAGAUUCGGGAAAGCUGACAGCCGACAUGGACGCCCGACAACGCGUGAUGAUUCAGAAGAAUAUAGAUUGUGGACGAAUGGAGGUGCGUAGAACAGAAAACGACCAGCUCGUAUUAUGGAACGUCGAUGUAGUUGCGUGA